AUGCUGGUACUCAGCAAGUGGGUGACUCUGUUUCUUUCUGUCGCUCAGUUCAUCCUGGGAAUGCUGGGGAAUGGCUUCAUUGGGUUGGUGAAUGGCAGCAGCUGGUUCAAGAGCAAGAGAAUCUCUUUGUCUGACUUCAUCAUCACUACCCUGGCUCUCUGCAGGAUUGUUCUGCUCUGGAUUCUCUUUACUGAUGGUCUAAUAGCAGUGUUCUUUUCCCAUGUCUAUGAUGAUAGUGAGCUGACAGUGCAAGUUAUUGAUAUUUUCUGGACAUUUACAAACCACCUGAGCAUUUGGCUUGCCACCAGCCUUGGUGUUCUCUACUGCCUGAAAAUUGCCAGUUUCUCCCACCCUACGUUCCUCUGGCUCAAGUGGAGAGUGUCCAGGGUGGUCGCAUGGAUGCUGCUGGGCGCACUUGUUUUAUCAUGUGGCAGUGCCAUAUCUCUGAUUCCUCAGCUGAAGAUCUAUUUCCUUCUCCACAAAAAUCCUGGCACUAGUAAUGUGACUGAACAAUUCAAAAAACAAAUGCAUGAAUAUCAGAUGAUCCAUGUUCUUGGGAUGCUGUGGUACCUCCCUCCCCUGAUUGUGUCUCUGGCCUCCUACGUCCUGCUCAUCCUGUCCCUGGGGAGGCACAUGAAGCAGAUGCAGCAAAACAGAACCAGCCCCAGUGAUGCCAGCACUGAGGCCCACAAGCGGGCCAUCAGAAUUGUCUUCUCCUUCCUCUUCCUCUUCCUAUUUUAUUGUUUUUCCUUUACAAUUACAUCAUCCAGUUAUUUUCUACCAAGAACUGAGAUGAUUAAGAUGAUUGGAGAAAUGGUCACAAUGCUUUAUCCUGCUGGCCACUCAUUUAUUCUCAUUCUGGGAAACAACAAGCUGAAGCAGACCUUUGUGGAGCUGCUCUGGUGUGAGUCUGGUCAUUGGAAGCCUGGGCCCAAGGGACCCCUUGCCGCAUAG